AUGCCUCGCCACGAGAGCAACAGCUCCCUCGGGAGUUCCGGACCCUCGCAAGAGGGCUUUUCGUUGAAUUUUGGGUGAGCAUAUGGCAAUAGCCAGGACGGGGUAUUUCAAGCCUUGCUGUAGUAGCGAGGUACCGACAUCAGCGACGCCAGCACGAGCUCUCCAUUCAGCGCACACCUGACCACUGACGUCGAGCACGGACCACACAUCAUCACCCCCUCCUUCGCUGCAUGUGCCCACCUUCGCUUGCGUCCUCGCACCAGCGCUGAUACUCAGGACAUGGAAAAUCGCAGGCAGAUGAUCCUCGAUGGAUUCAUGCAAGCAUACGCCGUCAAGUCAGCCAAAGAAGCGGAGGCAUGCAAGCGCCAAAUCAGCAAAGUGUUUCGGGAGUGCAACAGUCGCACGGACGCUCUGGAGCGCAAGGCAACAAGCAAGCGGUAUGUAUGCUAGAAAGGUCGCCUCUUCUUAGCUUUGAAUGACGAAGUAUGGUGCACUUUGCAGCGAUGAUGCUCUCGCUGAUGUCCAGGCAUCUUUGGACGCUACCGAGCAGAAUGAAAUGGGCGGAUAUAUGCGCUUGUUUGAAGAGGUUCAGCGAGUGAGUAGUUGGUGUUGGCUGUCACCGUGCCCGCGAGAUCCGAUCUUGAUGGCUGCUCAUGUUCACAGGAGCUCGAGCACAAGUAUCAAGGGAUCGCCCACGUCGCCGACGAGCUUGAAGGCGCACAGCAAUCGACUGAGCUCCAGGCCGCUCGAAGCAUGUGUACGUCUAGCUUGACGUUGCCGGACUUGAUGCGCAUCGCUCCUCAUUCGUCAAAUCCUUUUCAUCCAGACGAGCAGCGCCCAAAGAUGAUGGUCCGCUGGCGUCGCGAGCUUGUCCGAGAGCAUCGCAACAAGCAGACCUCGCGCUCUGCUCAGCAACAGGUGAGGGCGACACCCUACAUGGUGUGCAGCGAACGAGCCUGCACGUGCACCUGUGUCAAAGCAGUCACGCUCACACUUGCUGAAAUCUUCUCUCGCCAGGCUGUGAUCAACGGAGCUGCUGUUCUAGAGCACUACAAGGCCAUCCUUGGCAGCACGGUGUGUAUUGACGAGCCGAGAUUUCCUCAGCCUUUCGUGUUUCUUACAAAUCAAAUUGCGCUCGCUGAAUUUGGCCUCCGCAUCUUCCUGUCACCAGAUGGAAGAGUAA